UCGUCAAAGCGGUUCGGCUUCGAAAAGAAUGCGACAUUGAUUUUCCCUUCGCUUCCUUUGCAAUGGCGUUCUCUGCAGCAGCAACAACCAAUUGGCCGCCUCACACUCUCCCUCGCAUACCGAGUAUCUCAAAAUCGGUUCGUUUACCUCAAAACUCGGUUUCGUUUCGAUUCUCGAAAUCAAAUCUCUGCCGUAGAAGACCUCUCUCUAUCCAAUCAACUGCAGCUGCGGCUGCACCUACAUCUGAAGGACUUAAACCUGCAAUUUCCCUGACCGAUACUGCGCUGAACCACCUGAAUAAGAUGAGGUCUGAGCGUAAUGAGGAUUUAUGCCUAAGAAUUGGUGUGAAACAGGGUGGAUGUUCAGGCAUGUCAUACACAAUGGACUUUGAGAACAGGGCAAAUGCGAGACCAGAUGACUCCUUCAUUGAAUUUAAUGGUUUUGUUAUUGUUUGUGAUCCAAAAAGCCUCCUUUUCUUAUACGGAAUGCAUUUGGAUUACAGUGAUGCUCUCAUUGGUGGAGGUUUCUCUUUCAAGAACCCAAAUGCUACACAAACAUGUGGUUGCGGUAAAUCCUUUGCAGCAGAGAUGUAAAAGAAGUAUGUAUACAGUACAGCUUAAAAAAACUUCAAUUGAAGUUUCCACUUCUAUUCAUUAGCUGUCGUAUAUAUACUAUAACGUUAGCUUUGAAAGGAUAAUCUUUAUUGACUUGAUUUAUAAUACUUAUGCUGGUUUUGAA